CCUACGCGCCCGGCCGUUGCCGAUUAGUCACUCGACGGCGUCAACCGGGUUCGCACGUCGUCAUCGUCACGGCGGAAACGCGGACGCAACCGGCCGGUCAAUCGCGCACGGUCGACGAUCACUCGUGCGUUUACUCGUUCUUCGUAUUUGCUGAGAGAUCAGCUCUCGUCGAGUCCGCGCGUCCGUUCGGGUGAAAGCUUUUUGUUGGUCCGUGCACAUCGCGCCUCGCUCCACGUGGCCACCGCCACCGGUGACGGGCGACGAUGGCUCUGCGCGGCCUGUGGGCCCCCCGAUGGAACGCGUCCGCGAUGACGACCACGGCCACUACCAUCACCGCCAUCACCACCGACAACACCGGUACCGUCAUCGGAACGCAGCCGCCGCCGCCGCUGCCGCCGCUCGAGCCGCAGUCAUGCUAGUGGCCACCGUGGUGUCCAUGUGGGCGCUGAGCGCCAUGGCCGUCACCGUGCGGCACGGUCGGUCCCGGUUGGCCAGAUGGGCGCAGCAACAGCACAACGAGUUGCAGCCGCAGCCGCCGUCGUCCACCAAAACGGCCACGGCGGUGGUGGCUAUGGUCGCCGUCACGGCCGGUGACCAUCUCCACGAUCCAGGGGGUGGCUCGCCACGGUCGUCCCCGCCGCCACCGCUGUCGGGAAACGGGCACCAGCAGCACCACCGGGACAAGGCCAAUGUGCUGCUUCGGAUCGUCGAGUCACAACAGCAGCUGGGCGGCAAUUGCACCGCUGGUACCGAUCUGAAUAUGGGCGAAGGAGUCGUGGACAGAUACGCUCAGGAACGGUUCAGAGUGAUGGCCAAUGUGGCCGUGAACCGGGCCAAUAUGCUAACGAGGAUCUGGAAGUACGCGGACCCGAUGGUCACCGCCUCCGAGUACUUGCUGCACGCUGGCGUCAUAUCCAUGGUGGAGUUCGACGACGACAUAUUCGCGGCUGGCAACUGCUACGACCAGAACCAGUACAAGGGGUACUGGCUGUUCUGCCCGUACGCGUACAGGCUGCCCAACGGCGAGGGCAUCCUGGCCAAGGACCUGGCGGUCGAGUACAAAUACCUGUCCAAUACCAGCGAGUGGUUCUACAUCGCCCGGCAAAAGGCGCAGGGCGUGAUCAACAGGAACAACCAGUACAGUCACGCGUUCAACUCUUAUACCUGGAACAAUACGGCCCACACGGAGCGAAUACCGGACAACGUGUUAACCGUAACGUACGAAGAUGGUAAAUGGAGCAAGCCGUAUUACGAUUGUGGUGGUGGAAAUAUCUGGAUGCUCACGUACACUGUACCGUUUUUCGGGUACAAAGAUGGAAAGUACUUUUUCAAAGGGACCAGUGGAAUUGACAUUGAUUUGAGAAGGGUUGACAUUGAUCAAUGUCCAUUGCCGCCAGGAAGUAAUCAUUUCAACAUAUUUGCUUCAUCCGAUAAAUGUAAAAAACGAACUACUUAUUGCGUGGCCGUCUCCGGUUUGGGGUUUCGCAGAGGAAGUUACAAAUGCGUGUGUCGCCGGGGCUAUUACUUUCCCGCCACCAAGUACGUUGGCCAUCCCGGCACGAGGUUUUUCAACGGGACCAUAAUCGAAGAGGAAUACGAAAAACUGAUGUUGGGCAAGCCAAACAACUACAGCCGGCACAGUAUGUUCGAGUGCUUGCGCUGCGCCGAAGGAUGUGACGAAUGCACAGACUCGAGUCCUUGCAUAGCAUCAUUAAACUGGGUACUCCGUACGAUCAUCCUAGUGCUCUCACUGGUCGUUAUCGGAUGCCUCCCACUGGUCGUGUUUUUCACGUGGAAAUACGGACACUUGAAAGUCGUCCGAGCGGCUAGUCCUGCGUUGCUCAGAGUGAUCGCUCUAGGAGCGUUCUUUAUUUAUGCCACAAUGAUUGUAAUGUACCCGAAACCAAAUGUGAUUACUUGUAUUGCUCGUGUUUGGCUUCGGGAAAUCGGAUUCUCGCUCACCUACGGAGCUUUAAUGCUUAAAACGUGGAGAAUAUCGGUAAUAUUCAAAGUUAGAUCAGCCAAGGUCGUGAAAAUCACCGAUAAAGACCUGUUGAAGAGACUCGGACUAAUGAUGGCAGUAGUUGGUUUGAUAAUGUUGAUAAGGACUCUGGUCGAUCCACCGUACGUUAUAGUGGGUAGGACUGCAGACAAUUUAAAAACAGAUCUCUGUCCUACUGGAUGGUGGGAUCGAUUCUUUUCGAUACUGGAAGUAUUAUUUCUUGUUUGGGGUAUUCGUCUAUGCAUUGUUGUGCGGAAAGCUCCGUCAGAAUUCAACGAGAGUCGAUUCAUGUCAAUGGCUAUUUACAAUGAAUUUAUUCUCUCAGUCUUCCUUAAUGUAUCAAUGUUUUUUUUGCAGUCACCGGCCAAUCCUGACUUACAGUAUAUAAUUUUCUUCUGUCAUACACAACUCACAGUCACUACACUGCUGGGAUUUAUAUUCGCUAGUAAGGCAUACUUGGUGAUUAGAGGGGAAGAAUCGAACGAUGAAGAUGGACAGGUAAAAAGCAUCAAAGUGACCGGCGGUAGUAGAAUGUUGAGUAAACAGACGAGAAAUUCAAAUAAAGUUAACUCCACAUUUGGUGGCUUAGAAGAGUCCAGUACCGAUUUCGUACUGACGGAAGCGGACGUGCAAGAAGAAUUCGCUCAACUGUUCAAGCAGUUAGAAGUGCUCAAGGACAAAAACUUGAAACUCGGGAACCGUCAUCUCGUGGAAAAAAUAGCGGCCAUGCAGGAGGUGAGCAAACGCGGAGUGUGGUCGACAAACGUUGACAAGAAGCUGGUGAUCAUCGGCGGCGGUGAUGGCGGUGGUGGUGGUGGUGGUGGAAGUUACCCGUUCGCCAACCACCACCAUGGUUGUAGCCACCCAAUGACUGACAGCCAAAAAUCGUUGGUUGUCAAUCAAAAUGGCAAGAAACCGUUCAUGAAAGAAGUGACGGUGUAAACAUCGAUAUCAUAGUCUUAAAUAUGCCACUUUUUGUACCUUUUUGGUACAUAUUUUACACACACAAACAAACAUUCGCUCAAUGGACGCACCAAAUGUACUCAACGUUUAACGUCAAUGCGUUUAAAUCUGGUUUGAAACCGGAUAUAUUAUAAGUGUAAAAUAAUAUUAUAUAAAGAUGUCUACUCGUAUUGUGCAAUUAUUAUUUACUUGAUAUUAAUUUUAUUUCGUCAAAUUAUACUCCCGAAAUAACGAUGA